GUCCAGCCCAAUCUACCAGUCCAACCUCCCCAGCCUCCGAGGCGCAGCGGAGUCCUGCCGACUUCGCCGCCAGCUCGUGGACAUGGCGACCCCCACCGGGUCCCGGGUGCCCUGCCCCGAGGCCGCCGUCGUCCGGACACUUCUGCUCGGCUGGAUCCUCCUCCAGGUGGCUGGAGCCGCAGGCACUAGAGAUGUAGUGGCAGCAUAUAAUUUAACUUGGAAAUCAACUAAUUUCAAGACAAUUUUGGAGUGGGAACCCAAACCCAUCAAUCAUGUCUACACUGUUGAGAUAAGCCCUAGAUCAGGAAACUGGAAAAGAAAAUGCUUCUACACAACAAACACAGAGUGUGACCUCACCGAUGAGGUUGUGAAAGACGUGAACCAGAUAUACACGGCGCGGGUCUCUUCCUACCCGGCAAAUGCCACCGGUUUUUCUGGGGAGCCUCCAUUCACAAACUCCCUGGAGUUCACCCCUUACCUGGAGACAAACCUUGGACGGCCAGCAAUUCAGAGUUUUGAACAAGUUGGGACAAAACUGAAUGUGACCGUACAAGAUGCACGUACCUUACUCAGAGUGAACGGCACAUACCUGAGCCUCCGGGAUGUUUUUGGCAAGAACUUAAGUUAUACGCUUUAUUAUUGGAAAGCUUCAAGUACAGGAAAGAAAACAGCCAAGACAAACACUAAUGAGUUUUUGAUUGAUGUGGAUCAAGGAGAAGACUACUGUUUCAAUGUUCAAGCAGUGAUUCCAUCACGAAGAACUAACCAGAAGAGUCUAGAAAGUCCCAUUGAGUGCACUAGCCAAGAGAAAGGUGUGUCUGGAGAAACUUCCAUCAUCAUUGGAGCAGUGGUGAUCGUGAUCAUCAUCUUGAUCGUCAUCCUGACUGUGUGUCUGUACAAGUGCAGGAAGGCGCGAGCGGGGCACGUCGGGAAGGAGCACGCCCCCCUCAGUACUGUAUAAAGAACACUCGUUGGAGCUGCCGGCUACUGCAGAGUUUAUAUUGCACUGUGACCAAGAACUUUUAAGAGAAUAGAUUAUAUGGAAACACAAAUGAGUGUUUUGGAGCUGGAGACCCUUGGGCUCAAAGCUCUUUAUCUGACCACUUCUCACAAUUAGCAUUCUGGUUUCGACAUCAGCAUUAGACACUUGGGAAUGUAUUGAACGGUACAGCCAAUUCCGAGUUUUUUAAAUUUCUAUUUUAACACUAUCGCACCUUUUGCACAUAUCAUGCUUUAGACUGUAUAUUCUACACUCAAGAUGAAACUAGGUCAUCUAAGGAAAAGCAGAUGGACAGAUGCCUUCAAAAAUCCUGGGUGGACUUUUGGAGACCUCUCGAGGGGCUGACUUCAAACCCUGUGGGAGAGUAAAAUGGAAAUUGGGUGGACUUUUCUAAUGUACAUCUAUCCUUUUGUAAUACAGUCUUUAGGUUCUUUUUUUUUCAGUUCUUUUGGAGGUUCAAAACAAUUGGCAAACUUUAUAUGAAUGUGUUAAAUGCAGAAGACUUCUGUUUUGGGCACGUUCCCAACAUGCAUUACAGUUUAGCACUUUAACUGACUUACGUGCUGUUGAUGAAACACUUGACAGCUA